GCGGCGGAUCGGCGUGCAUGAAAAAGGAGGCGAAGCGCCCAUAACCUCGUUUUCGAGAGAGCGAGAGUGACAUAACCAAAGUUGGAGCGGCGAGGCGAUUAAAGAGUUGCGUUGUUCAAGUUCGUAGUCGUAUUAUGCUCUAGAGACAAUGCAGGCGACGAGGAUAGUAAAAGUCAACGCCCUAGCGAUGAACACCGCUGGGCUCUGCGAGACCUUGGUACCAAAUUCCGUCUACACACAGUGCGUACGUUGGAAGAGAAAACCAAUUUGGCUGCCCACAGCGAAAUCCAAGCUAUUUCGAGUACCGAAGAGGCCGGUCAUACCUAUUGAGGAGCAAGAGGAGAUCUUGCGUUUGUACAACAAUUACAGGACGUAUAUGACGUCGUUCAGCGCAUUUUUAAGGCAAAUCGCAAAGCAGGACGAGAUACAAUCCGACGAGGCGGCUAUGCGGCAGACUGAGGAGGAGGACUUCAAGGAGCGCAGUGGUAUAAACGACGAGUGGAAUGCGGAAAUAGCGAAUAUACGAGAGGCUAGACUGGAGGAGAUGAGGGAAAAGCGCAGAAACCUUAUUCUCUACAGUUUACUGAAGAACGAGCAGAAGCAGGAGGCGCAGAAGGAGAUGGUCAACGAGUGGAUCAGAAAGACCAAGGUGGACUCUGUCACGUUCAUCACUGCGGAGAAUGUGGACGCCGCGAUCGAGGAGUGUUUGGCGAACGUCGUCAAUCACAAUCGUGCGUUGGACCUGGACGGCAAUUGGCACGAAGGGAAGUAUCCUCCGGCUCCGCCUAUCGACGAGGCGCAGAAGCCAGCGGCUGUCGAGCAACAGAGUUAAAUUUGAAGAUCCCUCGUGUCCGGAAACUGCCCGGAGUAAAAGCCAAGUCUUACCGAACUCGAACGUUAUUUCAAGUGUUCGACCUUCUUGCUGGAAUAAUGAUGAUAACGAUAAGUACGAGCUGUUAUAUUAUAGAUUGUAAUAAAUAUAAAAUAGACACUCCUACAUCGUUCCUUGCCGUAUGCAAGUGUAUUCCUGAAGAACUAGGCGACCAACUAAUAAGAACUUGAAAAAUUAACGCACUAUUUUACAAUUGAAGUAGACUGUAUAUAAUUGUAGAGAUUGUACGUGAUGUACUAUAUGUAUAGAUGCAAAAAAAUUGAAAAAU